CAGGAUCAUUCUGGGUCUAGUAAUCAUAGCAGCCGCGCUGCUAUCUGAACCGUUCCCGACUUGGACAUCUUGGGUAGCCGCAGCAGAUGCGCCUCGUACCAUUGUACUUUUCUGUGUACUUCCCAAAGUUCCUAGUCCAGUCCCCUUGUCAUUCUCUUCCUCCCCACCCCGGUCAUGGACUCUGCUCUGCCGGCCUGUUACUACGGUGCUUGGGCCAUGGGCAAGUCCCGAGGGCUCCACUCCCGACUUAUACACGCCUCGAGUCGGCUGAUGGCGCGUCCGCGCCCAUGUCCUGUCCAGGUCGGCUCAUGGUUCCGGACUGCUCGGUAGACCGCGAGACCUGACCUACACAGUACUUGUUCUGAGCCGCCUCUGGUCGACCGCUCAUUCGGGCAGUUCUCUAACGAAGAUUUAAACAUCUGGCACAUCCCCCCCAUCAUUGUUACUUGUUUCGCUUCAACUCCCCAUCCUUUCUGUCGCAUCUCUAACCAGUGUUAUUGAGGUCUUCCUCGGACUUCACUCACACCCAUUAUCCUACCUUCAAACAAAUAUUCCCUUCCUUUCAACUUUUGUUAGAGAAAUAGGCCCAGGCCGGCCGUUUGAUACGUGACCUGCCUCUUCAGAACGCCUCACAGCGACUCUGCGCCUACACCUACACCCUUCUUCACUCCUGUUCCCCACCCCGGGACUCGACUGCAUCGACACAAACGGAGCGGGCCUCCCUUGUCAGACUCAUUUUUCCCAUUUUACAAUUAUAAUUUUACUGUCGUGUGUCUCGAACACACUGACUAUUGUCUGCUCGACAUCAUGUCCACUCUGGCAGGGGAUGUUCAAUUCGACUUCACCUUUCCGUGUAACCCAACUACACCUCCCAACUUCAGCUUCGACUCUUCCCUGCUGGAGAUCCCUUUCACCCACAACCAUGGCCACUCUGGUCACUCCCGAUCAGUCUCGACCGUCUCCAAUGGGUCUUCUAUCUACUCCUUCGAGUCGUCGCCAUCCGACUCGAUCGUGAGCACCAGCACACGCAGGACCACGCCCUCGCGGUCGCCCAUCCGCACUCAUGGCCCCAUGCUGCUGCCCAAGAUCCGCUCCCAGGACCAGAACAUUGUGCCGAACGCUGUGCCCCAGCCCCAGGCAAGGCCUUCCAAGCGCGCAAGGACCUCACCGGCACCAGCUCCAGUGGCCAACAGGAGCGCCUACCGACCCACACACCAGCGCAGCUACACAAACCCGGAGACCAUCAGCUACAACCCUACCCCGGUUGUGUCUGCUGCUUCGUUCCCUUCGACGCUCCCAGAAGAGUUCAACUCCUCCAGCCUGCUGUGCUCCCCGGUCAUGUUCACAGGUGCCGAGUUCACCCCAGCAACAACAACGUCAACACUGGACAACCGCGCUCAGCGUGCUUCGUCGUGCAACCUUGACGAGGUCACGAUAGAAAAGUAUGGCUUCCCAACAUACCGUCAGAUGCCCGCCUACGUCCCGGCCGCCGGGCAGGCGACCGCUCACUCGGGCAGCCCCACGCCAACCCCCCAAGCCACCCCGGCCAUGCUGCCUGUUUCAACGCCAGCGGACCUGACAAACCUUCCGGCCCCAUCCUCUUACUUCCCGUCGUACCAGCAGCCUUAUGCCUCGCGCGGCUCCUCACCCAUGGCCCCAGCUGCCAGUCUCACACCUGAGCCUCAGCCCAUGGAGCAAGUCCAGGUCCUGCAGCCGUCAGCCCUGGCCCCCGCCCCCACCACAACCCUCCUCAACUACCUGACCACGUCCAACCCCGCGCCCAGCCUGGUCCACUCCAUCGCCUUCCCCCUGAGGGAUCCUCACAUCAAGCACUUCUGGUGGGACGUCAGGCAGGUCCGGCAAUGGACCUCCUUCAACACCUCCACCAUCAUGUCGCUCGCUGGCGGUGCCGCAAGCAGCCUCCUCACCUGCCCGGUGCCCGAGAGCUUCCUGCCCAGCCCCAUGAGCUCGCAGCGCCACCCUGAGACGGAGCUGGCGCUGCACUCCAUCUACGCCAACUGGUACCUGCCCAAGCUCAACGCCGCGCUCGCCCUGUCCUCCAACCGCCCGGUCCAGCUCAGCGUGCCGUCCAAGUCUGGUCCCCACGCCACCAAGGACACGGAGCAGAUGUUCGUCGCGACCAUGGCGGGUGACGCCAGCUCCGCUGCGGCCAUCUUUGGCGGAAAGCCGUCAGCCCGCGUCGUCGGCCUGGUCAAGUCAUUUGACCGGUUCAACACGGGCAUGCGCGUUGAGGGCAACGUCAAGAAGGUCGAGUACCUCAAGGGCCUGGCUCACCUGCACCACGUGAUGCGCGAGCACGGCUGCCGGUACGGCUUCAUCCUGACCGAGAUUGAGCUCGUGGUCGUACGCAAUGGCCUCGAGGGCACCCCCCACUUCGGCUUCGUCGAGGUCACGAGCUGCCAGCUCGGCACGACCGCCAGCGACCCCAUCGACCUGACCAAGGACGAUGACGAGGACGACGCCGGCAGCAGCGUGCCCAUGACGGCCUGCCUCGCCCUCUGGGGCCUGUGCAUGCUUGCCAGCGACGAGCCGCUCCCCGAGGGCCACGUCCCCGCGCGCUCUGAGAUCGGCGCCCCCGCUGAGGGCACGCGCAGGAAGGCCCUGCCCCGCGACACCUGGAUGCCUCAGCCCCAGCUGGCGGAGAAGAGGGAGGCCAAGCGCAGCCGCGGCUGGGUCCUCCCCGAGGACGCCGUCGGGCGCAAGGAGCUCGGAAAGAGGGGUGUCCGCUACGGCGGCGCCUGCUGAGCAUUCGGGGCUGGGCCCUGACUCACCGGACUGGUGUGGCGUGGAAGAGACUCUGGGGAUAUUCUAAUGGGAUGGGGAGACCCUCCCUUCAGCUUUUUUCAGAUGACGACUGUAUCUACGAUUUGAUGAUGAUUAUAAUGUGAUGAUGGAAAAUAUGGCAUGGAGAAUAUGAACAUAUAUACAACUUAUAACUUAUAAAAGUACCUAGGUUUUGGCUUGCGUGUUUUUCUUGACUAUAUUUUGGGCUCUGCUGGCUUUGGGGACUUUGGUUAUUGGAGAAGAUGGGCUUCUGGUCUUUAGAGUAUUGAGCUUGGACUUGCUGGCUGGGUCCUUGCUGGUUACAUUGCAUACAUUGCUGCGCACAGGUUUCAAUAGGCCCACUAGGAAUACAUUCCUUCUUUAAA